CAGCCUCCCUGCACACCUCCCUGUUUUACGCCUUCCCGUUCACAAGGGUUCGGCGCCUAAGCAAUUCGCAUGGCGGACUCUGGAUAGCGCGCUCUCGAGCUGAUCUAACUAGCUGAGCGCCUUCUCCGGAUUUCCGCUUGAUCAGGGUCGAUUCUCGUGUUCCUUGUCUGAAUUUGGAGCGCGACGCUUCACUCAGCUGCGGGGGCCCCUGGAGGCCGUGGGUGGCGGCGAUGGGGGUGGACGGCGAGGCGGGGCUGCGGAUGCAGCUCGUCUCGGGGACGGGCGAAUUCGAUCGUGAGGGGCUGGAGCGGUUCGCGCGUGCGACGCGGAUGACGGAGUGCGGGCUGUCGUACGCUGUGAUCGCUAUCGUCGGGCCGCAGAGCAGCGGCAAGAGCACGCUGCUGAACCACCUCUUCCACACCUCCUUCGACGAGAUGGACGCGCUCAAGGGCAGGCGGCAGACAACGCAGGGCAUCUGGGCGGCGGAGGCGAGGGGUAUUCGGCCGUUCACGCUGGUGCUGGACAUCGAGGGCACGGACAGCAGGGAGCGGGGCGAGGACGACACCACCUUUGAGAAGCAGAGCUCCCUCUUCGCCCUCGCUGUGGCUGACGUCAUCAUCGUCAACAUGUGGUGCCACGACAUUGGUCGAGAGCAGGCAUCCAACAAGCCGCUGCUAAAGACCGUCUUUCAGGUCAUGAUGCGUCUCUUCACGCCUCGCAAGGCAACGCUGCUCUUCGUCAUUCGCGAUAAGACCAAGACCCCCAUGGAGACGUUGGAGCCUAUCCUACGGGAGGACAUUGAAAAGAUCUGGCAGAGCGUGCCCAAGCCUCAGAAGCACCAGAGCACACCCUUCGCGGACUUCUUCAACGUGGAGGUGACAGCGCUGCCCAACUUCGAGGAGAGAGAGGAGGAGUUCAAGACCCAGGUGGCGCGGCUGCGCGAUCGGUUUCAAGACUCGGUGGCGGAGGGGCAGCUGGCGGGGGACCGGCGGGGCGUGGUGCCGGCGUCGGGGUUCCCCCUGAGCGUGGCGGAGAUGUGGCGCAUCAUCCGUGAGAACAAGGACCUCGACCUGCCUGCGCACAAGGUCAUGGUGGCCACGGUGCGCUGUGAGCAGAUCGCCACAGAGAAGCUCGCCCAACUGCAAGACAGCGAGGAGUGGGAAGCACUGCAGACGGCAGUGGACGCGGGGAGUGAGGCGGAGCACUUUGGUGCGAGGGCGAAUCAGCUGGCAGCUGAAGCCCUGGCCACCUACGACGCAGAGGCGGCAUACUUCGAGGAGGGGGUGAGGGACAGUAAGCGCCAGUUCCUGCUCAAGGGCAUGAGCGCGCUCAUCCGUCCGUUACACACAGCGGUGGUGGCAGCAGCAGCAGCGCGCUGCGUGGACGCCUUCAAGACGGACCUGGACGAUGCCACGGGGGGCAAGGACGGCAGCGCUGUUUCCUUCGCCGCCUCUGCUGCUGCCUGCCUGCAGGCUGCCGCCCUCUCGUUUGAGUCAGAUGCCGAGGAUGCUGAUGUGUCACUGUUCGGUUGGUCGGUGGAGGAAGUGAGGGCCAAAUUGCUGGCUGACAUGGAGUCCCACGUGGCAUCGCUGCGAUCACAGAAGCUCAAACAGAUUGCCACCGACGCAGAGAAAUCCCUGUCGGAUGCCAUCUCAGAGCCCAUUGCAGCGCUACUGGAAGCAGUGACGGACAACACGUGGCGGGACAUCCGAGCCGUGUUCUUCCACGAGGUGGACGGCGCGUGCAGCGAGGUGGAGCAGGCGGUGGCGGGGUUCGACAUGGGCGGCGAGGAGCAGGCACGCAUGAAGGCGGCGGUGGAGGCAGCGGGGAGGCGCGUGGUGGAGGAGCGCGUGAGGCGGGAGAGCGGGCACGCACUGUCGCUCAUGAAGGACAGGUUCUUCGCAGUGUUCUCGCAGGACGACCAGGGUCUGCCGCGCAAGUGGACGGACGGCGAUGACAUCAAGGCCAUCGCUUUUGACGCCAGGAGGGCGGCGCUGCGUCUGCUGGCAGUGGUGGCGGCCAUGCGCCUGGACACUGUAGACGACUCCAUAGAGCCCACGCUCUUGUCCCUUCUGGGGGAGGGCGCUUCUGGAGAGGGCAGCAACUCGUCACGGACCCAGGAUGGGGAGUGGGGGGAGGGCGAGAGGGAAGCAGAGGGGGAAGGAGAUGGGGAAGGGGAAGGGGGAGGAGCGGGGAGCGAGGGCAGCAAAAGGGUGCAGCGGACAUUCACGUCCGCUGGCUUGCUGGCGGCCAGCAAGUGGGACAAGGUCGCCCCUGAGUGCACGUUCCUGUCGCCCGGGCAGUGCCGCGCACUGUGGGGCAAGUUCAAGGCGGAGACACAGUACGUGGUGGCACAGGCCAUGCAGACACAGGAGGCAAGUCGGCGCAACAACGCGUGGCUGCCCCCGCCGUGGGCCAUAGCGGCCAUGGUGGUGCUGGGGUGGAACGAGUUCAUGGCGCUGCUCAGGAACCCCUUCCUUCUGUUGUUUGGAGUGGCGGUCUUCUUCAUCGGGCGCGAGGUGCUGGCGCAGCUGGACCUCGGAGGCAUCUUCGACCACGGCCUGGUGCCGGGUGUGAUCACCCUGGCCGCCCGCGCGGGGCCCGUCAUCAUUGCAGUGCUCAGGCGCCUGGGCGAGCAGGCGGAGGCCGCCCUCACCGCACACAACCCGCCUGUGCCGGGCCCGCUGCGCGCCAACUGGCGGAGCAACGAGGGCGAUGAGGACGCGGAUGGCGGCGAUGUGGCGAUGCGCGAUAUGAGUGCGGGGAGCGAUGGGUCAUUGCGGCAACGAGGGGGCGGUAGAAGAGCGGAGGACAGGUGAUGGGAGGCCGUGUUGGGAGGCCGCUGAGAGGGGUGGUAGACCGCACGAGGGAGGGGUCGGAAUCAGGGCUGUUGCUAGGAUCUGGGGACGGCUGACAUUCAGACCGGAAUUUUGUGCGCUGUCUGACCGUCAGACGGGAGAAUUGGUGGAGUCUGACGUUUAAGACGAAUUCAUAAGGCCAGUCUGCACUUUUGGAUGAAAUUUUUUGCGCCGUCUGCAUUUCCAACUGAAAUGGUGGGAUCGGUCCAGUUACGUAAAUUACCUAGUGUCUACUAUCUCUUGUUAAAGUUAAACGACG